AAUUCAGAAUCCAUUCGACGAUUGUCAAGUUCAGUUACAAACGCCUUUUCCUCAUUUUGCGCACCACAAAAGCGGAAAGCGACCACAGAGCCCCAAGCACACAGAGAUUGCCUGAGACAACCAGCCAAGUCUGAAGCCAAAACCGAAUCGAAUCGAAAUCCAAAACGGAAAUCAAAUUCAAGCCCAAACCAAUCCUAUUUAAAUAGCCAAGCGAGGAGCCCGAGGAGUCCUGCAAACAUCCUUUCAACAGUGCAAGCUCGCCAUUUUGUGUUUUCGAGAAAGUUUUUAAAAGGCAUACCGCAAAAUUCAGCAUUAAAUAUAUAUAUUAAUAUUUCAAUUUCCCGUGCGUAUACGUAAUCUGCGUCGAAGUCAGUUCAUUCUGUCCAUGAUUUACAAAUAUAUUUAUACAUAUUAGCCACUGAGAGAAUCGGGAAGUGCAAGUGCAAGUGAAGUUCAGUAUUAUUUACAAAGCGUAAAAAUCUAGAAGUUUACACAAAAUAUUCUGCUCAAGAACUCACUACUCAAAGUUGUCCAAAGAUUCCAGUCUCUCAGCGCAACAAUUGUCAGCGAUAAAAUUCCUACGAAUCUUAGUAAACUAAGAACUUUAAUUAAAAACAGAAAACAAACAACUUAAAAGGGUUAAAAACUCUUAAAGCGAAAAUAUAAAGUAAAUGUUAAAGAAAACUUUAAAGUGAACACCAAAGGAAAAUAUCUACAGUAUUAUUUUAAUAGAAUAUAUAAAAUCUCUAAGCGAUAAUAGAGACAAUAAAAUAAAAAUAAAAAAAACCAAAUUAAAUUUGUGACUCUAGCUUAAAAAUAAAACGUUAAAAAACUAGCUUAAUUGUGAGUGAAAAAGAUUUAGCAAUUGCCCUAAAAUAAAAUAAAAUACGAAACUUUAGUUGAAAAAAAGCUUAGCUUGAAUAUACAAAACCCAAAAAUUGUGUCUAUUGAUGUAAGUGCUUAAGUAACUGCAAAUUAAGAAAAUAAAUAAAUUAAAUUUCCACAUUAAUAAGUGUUCAGUGUUUAGCCAAUAUAAAAAUCGCAUUACUAACUAGUCAAUGUUCUAAAUAAAAAUCAAUAAGAAAACUAAGCCAGGCAGACACAAAGGCAGACAAGGCUCAGACAGUCGCAGACAAAGGCAAAUAAGAAGGGAGAACGCGAACGCAAGCCCUCAACAUCAAUUUACAAUCAACCUGCUCACCAAUAGCCAUUAAAAUUGCGUCAAUCAAGAGAAAAACCUCGCCAUUGCCCGCAGCAACAUCGAAGCUAGCCAAUUUCAGCCAACAGGACCCACAACAGGAGCAGCAGUCCGGCGAUUUUGAGGCAGCAGCUGUAAGCCAAUUGGUGGCAACAGUUGGGCAAGCACCAGCAGUAGCAGCAACAGCAACAACUGCAGCAGCAGCAGCGGCGGCAGGAGCAACACUCACAGGAGCAACAUACGCAGGAGCAACAUCAGGCGCUAAAUAUCCCAAGGCCAGCUCCUUGAGUCAACAGCAAACAGCAGCAGCACCACCACCACCGCCGCCGCCACCUCCACCACUACCGCAGGAAACCGCAACAGCAACAACAAGUGUUGCCGGGACAACAGCAAUCGCAGCAACAGCAGCAACAUCAGGAGCCAGCCAGACCAGCAAAGCCACAAGCAGGACAAGCAGCAGUAGUAGCAACAGCAGCAGUAGCAGCGACAACUGCCAAAGCAGUAACAUCUACAGCGGCAACAGCAGCAGCGGCAGCAACACCACCGGCAACUGCAGCAAUACCAGCACCACCACGACGCUGUACACGUGCUCCAGCGCCUCCUCGUCGCUGAUUGCCCAGCCGCCGCCAACAAAGAUAUUUAAGACGGAUCACCAUCUGUGCGCCGCCUACGGACUGCCGACCGCCACCGCCGCCGCUGCUGUUGGUGGGCAUCCCUGCGUCUACUGCGUAAUACCUGUGCCCGUGGGGAGCUCGUCUAGCGCCGCCGCCGCACCGCCAACACCGCGCAGCGCCUUCCCCGGCGCACCGCUCACCGCCUCAGCCGUCGCACUCAAGGGCGCCCUCCCCCAGCGGCCCCCGGCCAUGACAAGUCCCGCUGCCGCUGCCGCAGGCGCUGCUUUGGCCGCCGGUGCUCCGUACCGCGGCGCCGCCAGCUGGACCCCGCAGGGUUAUGCCCCGGCCGCUGCCGCCGCCGCCGCUGCCGUUGCCCAGCAGGCUGCCUACCGCUAUACGGCGCCGCUGCCCCAACCGGCGUACGCCGCCUACACGCCGCACACGGCCACCACACCGGCCACAACCACGUACGGUCAGCGAGUGCCGACGGCAGCCUCACCGAGCAACACCAACUCGAGCAGCUCCUCGAACACGGGCUCCCAGAGCGGCACGCUGAGCACUAGCCUGAGCAACACGACGAACACCAACACGAACAUGGGUCCCAACGGCACGGUACAGAAUCAAAACCAACAGGGCGGCGAGCAGUUGUCCAAGACAAAUCUCUACAUUCGCGGACUGCAGCAGGGCACAACCGACAAGGAUCUAGUUAACAUGUGUGCACAAUACGGAACAAUUAUAUCAACCAAGGCUAUUUUAGAUAAAACAACAAACAAAUGUAAAGGUUACGGCUUCGUCGACUUCGAGCAGCCAGCCUUCGCCGAGUGCGCCGUAAAAGGAUUGCAGGGGAAGGGCGUGCAAGCUCAGAUGGCCAAAGUGGGUAUCUGGGUGCUUCAUAGGCCGGCCAUUCAACAGGAACAGGAUCCCACAAAUUUGUAUAUUGCAAAUUUGCCGCCCCACUUCAAAGAAACUGAUCUGGAGGCAAUGCUAUCGAAAUAUGGACAAGUUGUUUCGACCAGAAUAUUGCGUGAUCAGCAGAUGAACUCCAAGGGCGUUGGCUUUGCCCGUAUGGAGAGUCGUGAGAAGUGCGAGCAAAUCAUUCAGAUGUUCAAUGGUAACACAAUACCGGGUGCCAAAGAUCCCCUGCUGGUGAAGUUCGCCGAUGGCGGACCGAAAAAGAAGAAUCUCUUCAAGACGCCCGAUCCGAAUGCACGUGCGUGGCGCGACGUCUCCGCGGAGGGGAUUCCCGUGGCCUACGACCCCACUAUGCAGCAGAACGGCGUCAGCGUCAACGUGGGCACGCCAAUCGGAGUGCCCUACUCCCGCUUCAGCGCCCCCCAGGUGGGUGGCUAUCCAGUGGCCGGCUCCCAAUGGAUACCCGGUUACAUGAUGACCCAGCCGAUCACUCAGGUAGAUGAUCAGCCUUGUUUCUCUCCACAGUACAUGCAAAUGGCGGCUGCCCCUCAGCUGGGUGUGACCUCGUACAAACCGGAGGCGGUGAACCAGGUGCAGCCACGUGGCAUCUCGAUGAUGGUCAGCGGCGACACGGGCGUGCCAUAUGGAACGAUGAUGCCUCAGUUGGCCACCCUGCAGAUUGGCAACUCUAACUUUUCUCCAUCGUUACAGUACAUUAGUCCAACUUAUCCAUAUUAUGCACCACCACCAACUAUUAUACCAACAAUGCCAAUGACAGAUUCCGAACAGGCUAGCACAGCUGCAUCACCCGACGAGGCAUACACACAGUAUCCACAUCAAGCCGCUCCCAAAUAGGUCUUCGCGAGCUAUAAUAUAUUAGUACCCCAUUUGGGUACUAUAUAAACUGGACGAGAGUGAGAGCAAGCCUGGUGGAAGCGGAAAAGUCAAGGACUAUGGAAAAUCAAGAGGAGUGGAGUAACAUCAAAAGCAGAGGAUCGGAAAAAGGAGUCAGCAACCACCACAUGAACAAGAACUAGAAGAAACGGCUAAAACAGCAAAAUUGGCAGAAGAAUCGGAGAGACAGCAUGCAGUUUACGAAAAUAAGUCUAGAAAAAAGCCACCCCAUAAAAAGAGGGGAGAUCGCAGCAAGCUGAGGCAGAGAAAGAAAUGUAUAAAAUUACGGAGGUUGGAUGUGAGGAUGAAGUUUAGGGGGUACAUGAAUACAAUGUAAGCCAUGCAAAAGGGAAAGCCAGUCUCCGAAGAGACAAGCGCAGAAGACGCAAGUAAAAAGUGAAGAAAAGCAAAGACUAAACUUAAAUAAUAGAGAAUAGUUAUACACUAAAUAAACAACCAGAGAAGCAACAGCAGAACGGCAACAAUUGCCUAACAACAGCGGCAAACGAGAGAAGAGCAGUCGAAAAUAUUUACAAAAAGAGAACUGCAGCAAGCGAAGAGAAAACAAAGUCAAAGGAAACUCACUUGGGAGUCGAAAAAACUUGAGGAAAUCUGUUCAGAAAAACCAUCGCAGAUUAGAGUUAAGUUAAUUUUGUUAAGCGCAAGAGGAAAAACAAUUGCAUGGGGGGAAACCGAGAAAGAGCGAUGUAAAAAUAGAAGAAAAAAUAAAAGAAACUAUUUUGCUAAUUUUGAGCUAGCAAAACCUAAGCAGACAGAAAUUUGUGAAGUGAAAGAAGAAAAACCGAAACAGAAACAAAAACAAAACUAAAUGUGUGUGCAAUGUAUGUUAAAGAACCGUAAAGAAAAACAGAGCAAAUAAAAACGAAACAAAACUCAUUUCGAUGAUGAUAUAAACAAAGCAUAACUCUUAAGUCAAACUGCAGCGGCAACAAAGAAACCCCCUGAAGAGCGCAGAAAGCGCAAGAAUGCGAAAAAGAAAGCAAAACUUUUUUACCUUAGAGGCAACGUUUUCUUUGUUGUGGCCUGCUAAAGAAGAUUUUUACGAUGAAACUCAGACUCUACCUUUGUUUGGUUCUGUUUGUCUAAUUUGUAAUAUUUAUUUUGUAUUUUUGUUGAAUCGUGUUGAACAGCACAAAAAACGGAAGCUGAGGAAAGCGUAGAUAGCCACAAAAAGAAAGGAGAUAUUUGGUUUGUUUUCUCCUAUUCUUGGUUUUUUUAAACCAAAAAAUGCAAAUUGUAUAAAGCAAAGAUCCGAAAGCAAAAACAAAAGCGAAAAAAAAUGUCUAUUUCCCCUUUUUGACAUUCGUUUUGUGCUAUCCAAGCAGUCAAAAAGAAGAAAAUAAAUGAAAACAAAAGAAAUGAGAAGAAAAAAGCCUUUAAAGUGGGCAAAAACCUAGUAUUAAGACUUAGCAAAACAAAAAUAAGAAAAUUGCAUUAAGCAAAAACAGAUUUAGUAGUUCUAGAGAUCUUUAAGAAAACAGGAUGCGGGAGAAUAAGCAAAAGCUUAGGAUUGACCGAGUGAAGAAGGGAAAUCUUGUACUAGUUUUUAGCAUAUUUUUUGUGCUCAUCAGUCGAUUUAAUGAAUGAAUUUUUUGUAGCUGUCUACAGUUUUUUACGUUAACUGUUUUUUAGACAUAUUAAUGAAAAAAGAAAAAACAACCAUAAACAACCUAGAAAUAGUAUAUUUUUUCUGCAUAUGACAAGUUGUUGAAAAGCAGAAAGUGAGGCAGGAAAAGAAUGAAGUUUGAUUAGCAUGGAAACCAAGAGGCAAACACUUUUUAAAAGGAAAUAGCGAAACAAACCGAGACAACACACAAAAGUAGCAAAACACAGAACAAGAGAAUAAAAUUUGAAACUGUAGAAUUGUAGUUUAGCUUUGUGAAGACCGGCGGAGAAAGAAUGAUUUUUUGAAGGAUCAGCUAGGAUCGAAAAGGACAACAACAAAAGCAGCAGCAACAACAACACUGGCACAGGCAGUAGCAGAAAUGUAAAACAAAAACCAAGAAAUUACUGUUAAAUGAAAAAAAAAAUGAAGAAGUAAGAAGUAAGGAAGAAGAGAACUACGUUUAGUGAACUUAGUUAAUAAGCGAAGAUUUCUUUAGUCUUGUAAGCGUCUCUUAAGUAGAGUUGAAGAACGGAAGGACGGAGUAUAGAAUUGAAAUUUAACCUUUUUCAAAGCCUAGCAUAUUUAUUUUCACGGGACACACACUCACACACACACACACGCACACACGCACACAUUGACACAAAAACGGAAACACCAACACGGACACACCUAUCAAGCCUAAGCAUUGUAUUUGUGAUUUUUUCGAAUGUUAAUUGAUUAACGAAACACGAUGAGCGAAAUAAAAGAAACAAGGGAACCAUUAAGUGGGCAAUGUGGGUGAAAGAAAGUGAAGCGAAGAGAGAAAAUAUUCAGAAUCUCCUUUAAAGCAAGGACACCGUCGCACCACAAACAACAUUCCUGAGCAAAGUCUUUGAUUUGAUUUUGAUAUCUAAAUGUAUGUGUUGAUACGAUUUGAUUUUCGAAUUUAGAGUUGUCGAGUCGCCUAACUGAACUAUCUACAUAUAUAUUUAUUAUAUAUAUACAUAUAUAAAAACAUAAGAAACACAACGCCAAAAGUCUUCCUAAGCCUAAAACCAAAACAACAACAAAAUGCAAAUGUUUUUUUUUGUCUUAUAACGAUUAUUUGCUUUAGACUGACUACGAACUGAAACUGAAACAAUAACAACAAAUGCAGGAUGUAAAGACCCAAAAAAAAAAAAAAACAAACCUAGACUCACCUUUAAAAGUUAAUGCAGGCAUCGGAGAAAUAUAUAUUUUGCCAAGACAUUCCAAAAGCUAUAAAAAGAAAAGCGAAAUUGUUUAACAAAAAUUUUACGAGAUGCCUGCAUUUGUUGUCCUAUAUAAGAAGAAUCACAAAUACAAAAACCAGUCAUUGGGAGAAUAUUUUUGAAAGAUUUUCAAUCCUGUUUUCCUUGAUACAACUACAAAACACGCCCACGCACACGCAUACACUACCCCAAACUCACACAAAGUGCAAUUUUCUUUCUGUAGUUUUCAUUGAUUUUACUUUGUUAGCAGCAAACACAACUUAAGCAAAUUGAGAAAGCAUUAAACUAAGUUAUUUAUAUAUCGACGGAAGAGACGAAGAGCUGGGGGCGUGUCUUUCCGCCCCCUCCCUAGGAAAGUGAAAAAGAAAUUUAUGUUUUAGGGAACGAGAAUGAAAUCGAGUCGAUGCAGGAGAAGAACUUAGUAUAUAAGAUCAAAGCCUAGUGCGUAAGUCUAGAGAAUCUAAGUACAGUGUUGACAAGCAAAGAAGAACGCAGAAGCGGAAACGAGUAGCGUAGAGCGAGGCAAGAAAUGUAGCAAGAGAUACGGGGACGAGUAGGACAUAUGAUUUCUAGUUGGUAGCGAAAGGAGAAAGAAUAGUUGGUUAGUUGGAGUGCAACACAUGUAGCAAGUUGUAGUUUUUGUGUAGUUAGAGCGACAGUGUUGGAAAACGCCACGUCGCACAGUUUGAGGUUAGGCUUAAUAAAAAAAAGGAUAAAAGCAAGGACGUUGGAGAGGGUAAACAAUAAAAUCAACCGACGAGGAGUGUUCUAAUCUAAAGCUAAACUGACUUUUUGUGUGUGUAUUUAAAUCUUCUUUGACAAGAAACCAAACUUGGAACUCGUUUGUUUUGCGUCUGUAUUUUGUUUUAAUUUAAUGCGUUUUACUUUAGUUUUUUAACUAAUUUUAAGUAGUUAAUUUAUUAUUUGUCUUAAAAUCGCCGAGACCCCAAUCAAGAUUCAAGAUUGCUUGGGUUUCUCGCCCCUGAUUGAAAUCCUCUCGCAAGAGGAGCAAAUCGAUUAAAUUUGAUGCAAGUGUUGAAGUAAUUUUUAAAAUGCAAACAAAAAAAUGUCUAGUGCGUAAAAUUGAAAACUAAAAACAACAAAAAUUUCAAUAAAAACUAAAAAAAACAAAAAUAAAAUACAUAUUUUUGGUUUGAAUGUGUUUUCCUUCGUUUAGUUUUGUCUUUUGCGUUUCAUUCGAUGUGAUUUCUUUGUAGGAUAAUAUUUGCUAUAUAAAUUACCAGUAAGCUUACUUACCCUACACCGAAUAGUUUCCAAUAAAGAAUUCCUAAAUUAAUUGAACCCCUUUUAAAUUGAAUUGUGUUUUAAACAGGAGACAAACUAAGUCGUCUUAGUCGUUGUUUAGGGGCGGGCAGAGCAGAGCGUGAGAGGCGAACGGGAGAAAUAAAUAAACAUUUUUUAAUUAAGCCAAUUUAAGGAAAUGAUGAAUAUAUAUUUUUUUGAAACUUUUUUGACGAAACCAAGAAUAUAAACAAAAGAAACAAAAACAAAAACAAAAUGAAAACACAUAAAAGGGAGAGCGGAGCCGGAAGAACGAACGCUAGCAAAUCGAUGGGACAGGCAGAAUGCAAAGAAAACAAGCUCAUUAAAUUUAAAAAAAUAAAUAAGACAGUUUUGGAAAGACGAAUGGAUAUGAAAGUACUUGGAGAGUAAGGGAAAGGAACAAAACACGACGACAAAGGCGUAAACUAACUUUAAGUAAGCGUAAAAUGCAAGCUGCUAAUUAAACUUAGAAACAGAAAUACUUAAAUGAGAGUAAUGUACAUUUCGCUUGUUGCUAUUUUUAAGUUUUAAAUCAAAGUCUUUUAAAGAACUUUAUUCAUUUUCUUAUUAACAAUGAU